GCGAACCGUCGGCCACAGUGACAGUGUAAAAAUAAAGACCGUCCCUAUUACCUUCGCCUCGCUUCUGCUUGUGUGCGACACGUUGUCUACGACGGAGUGCAGCAGUUUGUGAGGAGUGAAAAAAAGGAACCUAAAUUUAAACAUAAACUUCACACGCGUGUGUACACACCGCUUUUGCACCAACUCUAGUGGAACACUUUCGAAUGUGUUUUACGCGGUAAAGUGUAGUAAAAAUUGCAUAAAAAUCCGCAACGCCGCUCGCCGUUAACAACAGCAAAAGUGGCACGGCAGCAGUGAUAAGAAGCAAGCCAAGCAAGUGUAGCCAACGGUUCGCUAACUUUCCAACGUGUUUUCUCGUAACAUUGCCAAAAACUCCACGCCAACGAUGGCCCCGUCGAGUGUCCGCAGUGAAACAGAUGGUCUGUUGCCGCAGUUCGAUACAAAUCAACCACUGGUCUUUUUCGUCAAUGGCAAGAAGGUUACCGAUGAUGGUCCGGAUCCGGAGUGCACCCUGCUGGUGUAUCUGCGUGAAAAGUUGCGCCUCUGCGGCACGAAACUCGGAUGUGCCGAGGGAGGAUGCGGAGCAUGUACGGUGAUGGUGUCCAAGGUUGAUCGUAAAACGGGCUCGCUGCAUCAUCUGGCAGUCAACGCUUGUCUGACGCCCGUUUGUGCCGUUCACGGGAUGGCUGUGACGACGGUCGAGGGCAUCGGAAGUACUCGGACGCGCCUCCACCCCGUCCAGGAGCGCAUCGCCAAAGCGCACGGCUCGCAGUGUGGCUUCUGUACUCCUGGUAUCGUCAUGUCGAUGUACUCGUUGCUGCGCAGCUCUCCCGUUCCCUCGAUGAAAGAGCUAGAGGUCGCCUUCCAAGGGAAUCUGUGUCGCUGCACCGGCUAUCGGCCGAUCCUGGAGGGGUACAAAACCUUCACCAAGGAGUUCGGCACCAACUGCGCCAUGGGAGACAAAUGCUGUCGCAACGGCAAUGGUAACGGAUGUGGACAGAACGGCAACGGAGAGCUAGACACCGAGCUGUUCCAGCCGAACGAGUUCGUUCCCUACGAUCCAUCUCAAGAGCCCAUUUUUCCACCGGAAUUGAAGCUUUCCGACAAGCUCGACUCUGAAUCGCUCGUCUUUCGGACCUCCCGUACCGCUUGGUAUCGACCAACAACGCUCAACGAUCUGUUGGCCCUCAAGAAAGCCCAUCCGGAGACGAAGAUCGUCGUCGGUAACACGGAAGUGGGCGUGGAAGUGAAAUUCAAACACUUUGAGUAUCCCGUCCUCGCCAAUCCCACCCAAAUAAAGGAGUUGACGACGAUCGAGCGACAAGCGAGUGGACUCAAAAUAGGAUCUGCCGUCACGUUGAUGGAAAUGGAGAUCGCGCUGCGGAAAGAAAUCGAAACCGGUCCUGAAACCGAGACUCGACUGUACCAAGCGAUCGUAGACAUGCUGCACUGGUUCGCUGGAAAGCAGAUCCGUAAUGUUGCCUCUGUUGGAGGAAACAUCAUGACGGGAAGCCCCAUUUCGGAUCUAAAUCCCAUCUUCACGGCUGCCGCGAUCGAGCUGGAAGUGGCCAGCCUCGACGGAGGCUUCCGCAAGGUGCGCAUGGGCGAUGGAUUCUUCACCGGUUACCGGAAGAACGUCAUUCAACCGCAUGAGGCGCUCGUGUCGCUGUUUAUCCCACGCACCACCAAGGAUCAAUACUUCAUCGCGCACAAGCAGGCCAAACGCCGUGAUGAUGAUAUUGCCAUCGUGAAUGGGGCGUUCAAUGUGCGUUUCCGACCCGGUACGGAUAUCGUCGAUGAGAUCCAUCUGGCUUUUGGUGGAAUGGCGCCCACGACAGUUCUGGCCAAGAAGACGGCCACCGCUCUAGUCGGGACGCGAUGGGACGCACAGCUCGUGGAGCGUUGCAAUGAUUUGUUGGUGGAAGAGCUUCCCCUGAGUCCUUCGGCCCCGGGCGGCAUGAUCAUGUAUCGUCGUUCAUUGACUUUGAGUCUCUUUUUCAAGGCUUAUCUUGCCAUUGCACAAUCGCUCGAUAAGCAAUCCAUUCCCCACAGGACACCUGUUGGCGAGCGGGAGAAAAGUGGUGCAAAUACGUUCCAUACGCUGGUACCCAAGAGCACUCAGCUGUUCGAGAAGGUUUCUGGCGAUCAACCGGCCACUGAUCCCAUCCGUCGACCGCAAGUGCACGCUUCCGCUUACAAACAAGUCACCGGAGAAGCUAUCUAUUGUGACGACAUUCCAAAGUUUGCCAACGAGCUGUAUCUAGCAUUUGUGUACAGUACAAAGGCACACGCCAAGAUUCUGUCGAUCGAUGCAUCGGAAGCACUGAAACAGGAGGGUGUCCAUCGAUUCUUUAGUGCAGAUGACUUGACCGAAGAGCAGAACAAGGCUGGCCCAGUAUUCCACGAUGAAUUUGUCUUUGUGAAAGAUGUCGUUACUACGCAGGGACAAAUAAUUGGAGCAAUUGUGGCCGACAAUCAAACAAUUGCACAAAGAGCCGCUCGCCAGGUGAAAGUUACUUACGAAGAACUGCAACCGGUAAUCGUUACGCUGGAGGAUGCUAUCAGACUGGAGUCGUUCUAUCCCGGAUUUCCCAGAAUCAUUGCCAAGGGAGACGUUGAGAAAGCUCUGGCCGAGGCGGAUGUUAUCAUCGAAGGCGAUUGUCGCAUGGGUGGACAGGAGCACUUCUACCUAGAAACGCAAGCAUGUCUGGCUGUGCCGAAGGAUUCAGACGAAAUCGAGGUGAUUAGCAGCACCCAGCAUCCUACCGAGAUUCAACACCACGUGGCGCAAACUCUGGGCAUACCGGCCUCGAAGGUUGUUUCUCGUGUGAAGCGUCUUGGAGGUGGUUUUGGUGGCAAGGAAUCGCGUGCCGCCAUUGUGGCCAUUCCGGUUGCUUUGGCCGCGCACCGCAUGGGCAGACCCGUCCGCUGCAUGCUCGACAGAGACGAAGAUAUGGCAGUGUCCGGUACGCGACAUCCUUUCUACUUCCAUUACAAAGUGGGAGUCAGCAAGGACGGCAAGCUGUUGGCCGGCGAUUUCCGCGCUUACAACAAUGCCGGCCAUUCGAUGGACCUGUCCUUUGCCGUGCUGGAGCGUUCAAUGUUCCACAUCCAAAACGCAUAUCGUAUCCCGCACCUGCGUGUCCGUGGAUGGGUUUGUCGCACAAACCUACCUUCAAACACCGCUUUCCGCGGUUUCGGCGGUCCGCAGGGCAUGAUGGCGGCAGAAACAAUGAUGCGCCAUGUGGCCCGCACACUGAACCGGGACUACGUCGAGCUGAUCGAGCUGAACAUGUACCGGGAAGGCAAUACAACGCACUACAACCAGCAGAUCGAGGGCUGCAAUGUUGGUAAGUGCUGGAGUGAGGUUUUGCAAUCGGCCGAUUUUGCCAAACGCCGGGAAGCGGUCGAAAAGUUCAACGAGGAACACCGUUGGCGCAAACGCGGCAUUCACGUCGUACCGACAAUGUUCGGCAUCGCUUUCACCGUGCUGCACCUGAACCAAAGCGGUGCCCUGAUUCACGUGUACCAGGAUGGCACGGUGCUGCUAACCCAUGGCGGUACCGAGAUGGGCCAAGGACUGCACACGAAAAUGAUUCAGGUUGCUGCCACGGCGCUAGGAAUUCCUUUCGAUCGCAUCCACAUUUCCGAGACGUCUACCGAUAAGGUUCCGAACACUUCGGCUACGGCGGCCAGUGCUGGGUCGGAUCUAAACGGCACAGCGGUGCUGAAUGCUUGCCUCACCAUCCGCGAGCGAUUGGAACCUAUCCGCAAAGAGUUCCCCGACAAGGACUGGAACUUCUGGGUCAGUAAGGCGUACUUCAGCCGGGUGUCACUGUCGGCCACUGGAUUCUAUGCGACGCCCGAUCUGGGCUACGAUUUUGGCACCAAUUCGGGCAAAGCGUUCAACUACUACACUUACGGUGCGGCUUGCUCGGAGGUUGAGAUCGACUGUCUGACUGGCGACCAUCAGGUCAUCCGAACCGACGUCGUAAUGGACUUGGGCUCCAGCAUUAAUCCUGCCAUCGAUAUCGGCCAAAUCGAAGGUGGAUUCAUGCAAGGCUACGGGCUAUUCACGCUGGAAGAAAUGGUCUACUCGCCCCAGGGCCAGGUGUUUUCCCGCGGACCUGGCAUGUACAAAUUGCCCGGUUUUGCCGACAUCCCUGGGGAGUUCAACGUUUCACUGCUCACUGGGGCGCCCAAUCCGCGCGCCGUGUACUCAUCGAAGGCCGUUGGUGAGCCGCCACUUUUCCUUGCCUCGUCCAUAUUCUUCGCAAUCCGCGAUGCUAUUGCCGCGGCUCGAAAGGAGGAAAAGCUGUCCGAUGAUUUUACAUUAGUUUCACCGGCCACUUCGUCGCGCAUCCGGACAGCUUGUCAGGAUAAAUUUGUUGAACGCUUUACGAAGCAGCAAAGCAAUGGAGCAGAACCAGCUCGCAUCGUUCCAUGGAAUGUAAUGCCUUAAUCAAACUUAAUCUUAAACUAAAAGUGCGCACACGCCCUUUUUCACCGUUUUUGUGGAAUAUAUUUACGAAAGAUUCUAAUUUUGAAGUAAAUAAAGUUGACAUAUGCAACCGAAAAA